AUGCAAUUGACACCAGUGUUCAUGAUCUUUGCUGUUCCUACACUGAUCGCCUGGUUUCUCUGUGUGUACAUGUUUAUUUUUCCUAGUGGGCUGUUUAUCACCAUUCAUGACAAGGGCCACCUUGCAACAAUGCUGAAUUCUUGGCCAGAGGACAAUAUUAAGGCGGUGGUGGUGACUGAUGGAGAGCGCAUACUGGGUUUAGGAGACCUGGGCUGCUACGGCAUGGGCAUCCCUGUGGGCAAGCUGGCCCUGUACACAGCAUGCGGAGGGGUGAAUCCACAGCAGUGCCUUCCUGUCCUGCUAGAUGUCGGCACCAACAAUGAGUUUGCACUCCUCCUUGGGGCCACUCUCCAAGAGAGCAGCCAAUGGUCAAGGUUAGUGCCUACCUGUCCUCACCAGAAUGGCACUGUAGAGGAACUAGACAAGUUCGGAAUAAAUUGCCUCAUCCAGUUUGAAGACUUUGCCAAUGCCAAUGCCUUCCGUCUGCUCAACAAAUACCGCAACAAGUACUGCAUGUUCAACGAUGAUAUCCAAGGAACAGCCUCUGUAGCUGUGGCAGGGAUCCUGGCUGCUCUGAGAAUCACCAAGAACAGGCUCUCCAAUCAUGUGUUUGUUUUCCAGGGUGCGGGUGAGGCUGCCAUGGGCAUCGCCCACCUCCUUGUUAUGGCCCUGGAAAAGGAAGGCAUACCCAAGGCAGAAGCCAUAAGGAAGAUCUGGAUGGUGGACUCCAGUGGUCUCAUUGUCAAGGGAAGGAGCCACCUAAACCAUGAGAAGGAGAUGUUUGCCCAAGACCAUCCUGAAGUCAACUCCCUGGAGGAGGUAGUAAGGCUGGUGAAGCCCACAGCAAUUAUAGGUGUUGCUGCCAUCGCAGGAGCCUUCACCGAGCAGAUUCUGAGGGACAUGGCCUCCUUCCAUGAGCGCCCAAUCAUCUUUGCCCUGAGCAACCCCACCAGCAAGGCUGAGUGCACAGCUGAGAAGUGCUACCGGGUCACUGAGGGCCGAGCGAUCUUUGCCAGUGGAAGUCCUUUUAAGAGUGUGACUCUCGAAGAUGGCAGGACAUUCAUUCCUGGUCAGGGAAACAACGCCUAUGUGUUUCCUGGGGUAGCACUGGGUGUCAUCGCCGGUGGGAUCCGACACAUCCCAGAUGAGAUUUUCCUCCUGACUGCAGAGAAUAUUGCCCAAGAAGUCUCUGAACAGCACCUGUCCCAGGGGAGACUGUACCCACCACUCAGCACCAUCCGAGACGUGUCUCUGAGAAUUGCAAUCAAAGUCCUCGACUAUGCAUAUAAAAACAACUUGGCCUCCUACUAUCCAGAGCCCAAGGACAAGGAGGCUUUUGUAAGGUCUCUGAUCUACACUCCAGACUAUGAUUCGUUCACACUAGACACCUACAGUUGGCCAAAGGAAGCUAUGAGUGUUCAGAAGGUCUGAUGCACUCUCUGGGGUGUUUGGGCUGGAUGAAGAAAUACAAUAUAAAUGUGUUCCAAAAUGGCCA